AUGGCAUCAAAAGGACAUGGUAAUGGACAGUGUAAGAAAGGUAAGAAAGGACCUGAUAAUCUUCCCGCAGGUCAAUAUACAACACCACCACCACUGUCUAUUCCCACAACUCUUCAACCAGUUACUACAAAUAUUAUUCCUUCUCCAAAGGCAACUAUUUCACUACCAAAUGCAUUUUUCAUGCCCCCACCACCCCACCAGUUCCAGCCUUCUUCUCCCCAUAAUAGUCUGCAUAGUAGCUCUUCAUUUGUACCUACAAUGUCACCCACACCUAGCCUUUAUGGAUUGAGAACUAGAGGUCCUAGAACAUCAACAUUGCCAUCCAUUAAUAGUGCUACAGCAUCUAAUGCUACAACAGCUGCUUCCUAG